UGCUUUUUCUUUUCAGCAUUGAAGGAGUUAGCCUCUGAUCCACGUGAGGCUGGUGUGCUUCUAUUGAUUGCAUCUUCGUGUAGACAAAUGCAGAGCUUGUGCUUUGCAGUCUUCUCAGGGGCUGCAGUGAAGCUGAGCUGAAGGAUGCUGCUUUAACUCAACGUCAGAUCAAGUUUGAUCAAUAACCCCCCUACUGGUCCAAUUGCAAAAGCCUUAUUCAUCUGAUCUUUUUUUUUUCCUCCCUUUUUCUAUCCACCACCAUCUUUGGGAGAGAAAAAAAGUCUCUGAUUGUCUGUAGUGUGAGAAAGGGCUGCAUUGCUCUGAUCUGCAGCUUGCAAGCCAAUGGAGCUGUCCAGGGUGCUGUAAGAAGAGACGAAGGGGAGAAAUCGUUGACUUCAGCCCAGGCUGUGUCAGUUUCGUUUUAGAAAUUGAAUUUGCAAGGCUGUGAAAAUGGGGCAAAAUGAGAUACAAACUGUCUUCCUUAUUAUGGUGAGCCUUGCAGGCGAAUGUGUUGGAGGAUUCCCUAAUACUAUCAAUAUAGGUGGACUUUUCAUGAGAAAUACAAUUCAGGAACAUAGUGCAUUUUUAUUUGCAGUACAACUGCACAACACAAACCAAAAUAACACAGAGAGGCCCUUCCAGCUCUUUCAUCAUGUCGAUCACUUAGAUUCAUCCAACAGUUUUUCAGUGACAAAUGCCUUUUGUUCACAGUUUUCACGUGGAGUCUACGCUAUCUUUGGAUUCUACGAUCAGAUGUCAAUGAACACACUGACUUCGUUUUGUGGCGCCCUUCAUACGUCAUUCAUUACGCCUAGUUUUCCAACAGAUGCAGAUGUACAGUUUGUGAUUCAGAUGCGUCCAGCACUUAAAGGAGCCAUUCUGACACUUCUCAAUGUUUAUGACUGGCAAAAGUUUGUCUACCUGUAUGACACUGAAAGAGGAUUUUCAAUUCUUCAGGCCAUUAUGGAAGCAGCCGUACAGAACAACUGGCAAGUGACAGCCAGAUCAGUGGGGAAUAUAAAAGAUGUUCAAGAGUUUAAACGCAUCAUCGAAGAAAUGGACAGACGUCAGGAAAAAAGAUUUGUGAUAGACUGCGAGGUUGAGAGAAUAAACACAAUUUUGGAACAGGUUGUAAUUCUUGGCAAACACACACGAGGAUACCAUUAUAUACUUGCAAACCUGGGUUUCACGGGCAUCGUCCUGGAUAGAGUAAUGCAUGGCGGAGCCAAUGUGACAGGAUUUCAAAUUGUAAACAAUGAAAACCCACUUGUACAGCAGUUUUUGCAGAGAUGGGUACGUCUGGAUGAGAGGGAAUUUCCUGAAGCAAGGAAUUCACCAUUAAAGUACACAUCUGCUCUGACACACGAUGCAGUCCUAGUGAUAGCCGAGGCAUUUCGAUACCUAAGAAGACAGAGAGUGGAUGUUUCAAGAAGAGGUAGCGCUGGAGACUGUCUGGCAAAUCCUGCAGUACCUUGGAGUCAAGGAAUCGACAUAGAAAGAGCAUUAAAGAUGGUACAAGUGCAAGGUAUGACUGGGAAUAUUCAAUUUGACACUUAUGGCAGAAGAACAAACUACACUAUUGAUGUCUAUGAGAUGACGGCCACUAAACCACGGAAGGUUGGGCAUUGGAAUGAAUACGAAAGGUUUGUGGCGGCUCCUGAUCAGCAGCCUGCGAAUGACUCUUCUUCAGUUGAAAACAAAACCAUUGUAGUCACAACAAUUUUGGAAAAUCCAUAUGUAAUGAAAAAGAAAAACUAUGACCAACUGGAUGGAAAUGAAAAGUAUGAAGGCUAUUGUGUGGACCUAGCAAGUGAAAUUGCAAAACAUGUUGGGAUAAAAUAUAAGUUGUCAAUUGUAGAAGAUGGAAAAUAUGGGGCUCGAGACCCAGAAACUAAGAUAUGGAAUGGAAUGGUGGGGGAACUUGUAUAUGGGAGAGCAGAUAUAGCUGUCGCCCCACUCACCAUUACUCUGGUACGAGAAGAAGUGAUUGAUUUUUCAAAACCAUUUAUGAGCCUGGGCAUCUCCAUCAUGAUUAAGAAGCCUCAAAAAUCAAAACCAGGAGUUUUCUCUUUCCUGGAUCCAUUGGCCUAUGAAAUCUGGAUGUGUAUAGUCUUUGCAUACAUUGGAGUCAGUGUAGUUCUUUUCCUAGUCAGCAGAUUCAGUCCCUAUGAAUGGCAUUUGGAGGACAACGAUGAAGCACGAGACCCUCAGAACCCUCCUGAUCCUCCAAAUGAGUUUGGGAUAUUUAACAGCCUUUGGUUUUCCCUGGGUGCCUUUAUGCAGCAAGGAUGCGAUAUUUCUCCAAGAUCACUCUCGGGAAGAAUAGUUGGAGGAGUAUGGUGGUUUUUUACUUUAAUCAUAAUCUCUUCCUACACUGCAAAUCUGGCUGCUUUCCUUACAGUGGAAAGGAUGGUUUCCCCUAUAGAGAGUGCCGAAGAUCUUGCCAAACAAACAGAAAUAGCUUAUGGCACACUGGACUCAGGAUCUACCAAAGAAUUUUUUCGGCGAUCAAAAAUAGCUGUUUACGAAAAAAUGUGGUCAUACAUGAAAUCAGCAGAGCCUUCUGUAUUUACCAAAACAACUGAUGAUGGCGUUGCCCGUGUUCGGAAAUCGAAAGGAAAAUUUGCCUUCCUGCUGGAAUCAACCAUGAAUGAAUACAUUGAGCAGAGAAAACCGUGUGACACCAUGAAAGUGGGAGGAAACCUGGACUCCAAAGGCUAUGGCGUGGCUACUCCAAAAGGCUCAGCAUUAAGAAAUGCUGUUAACCUGGCAGUAUUAAAACUGAAUGAGCAAGGACUCUUGGACAAAUUGAAAAACAAAUGGUGGUACGACAAAGGAGAAUGCGGCAGCGGGGGAGGUGACUCCAAGGACAAGACAAGUGCACUCAGUCUAAGUAAUGUCGCAGGGGUGUUUUAUAUACUUGUUGGAGGUCUUGGACUAGCCAUGAUGGUGGCUUUAAUAGAAUUCUGUUACAAGUCACGAGCAGAAUCCAAAAGAAUGAAAAUCACAAAGAAUGCACAAACCUUUAAACCUCCCCCAGCAACCAGCACACAGAAUUAUGCUACAUACAGAGAAGGUUACAAUGUCUAUGGAACAGAAAGCGUUAAAAUUUAAGGAUCAUUACUAUGAAGAACCAAGAGAACCAAGAGAUCUGACGAAAACUUGUGAGCAAGGCUUCCUCUUAAAUCCUGACCACCUGAGCCAGUUAAAAUCUUUCCUUGGUGUCAGGAAUGACACAAACUGCUGAUGGUGCAGAACUUUUAGUAGACAGAACUGAUUUAUUUUUUCCUUCAGUGCCUUAUGGAACAUUCUGAGACUCAAAAUCAAUGCAAACCAUCACUGAAAUGCUAAUGCUUUGCUUGAAAAACAAAAUAUAAACUGGCCACAAGACAAGGAACUCAUGUAAGAAAAUGUACUCUUGUAAAGUACAAUUUCUAUAAAAAGCCAUUGUUUAAUAGCACUCUACGGGGCCUUCGAGGCCCUGCAUGCACUUUAACGGUGCAUUAACACUCUCUUGUGGUUUAGAAAUACAUCUCCACACCAGGUAAAGACAUACAUGUAUUAUGUUCAUUGUAGUUAUUUUGCUGUAUGUUUCACUAGAAGCACUCAGACUGCCAGGGGAAAAAUUAUAAGAAAAUUAAAUCCAUUAACGUUGUUACCAGUCUGAAUACUCACAAUCUGAAGGCACAAAGCAUGGAAAGAAAUGUGGUUGAGACUGUUGGGUUAAUGUGAAGAAGUCAUGCAAUUACGAAAUACCCUUGAGUAUUAAAAUGUUAAAUUAUAAAUAUCUCUAAUUUUUAUUUGAAGAAGUCAAAGAGGUAUACAUAGAAUAUUUUUAGCAUAUUGCUGCAGUGAAUGCACUUUUAUGUUAACAGUUGUUACACUAAUUUGUCUUUAUUGUUGGUCUCAGUGAUCCUGUCUGUCAGAAGUCACAAUGCUGUCUAUCGGGUAAGAACGUCCCAUUAAAAAGACAACCAGCAGCAUUCUCUAGGUUCUUCCUAAUAUGUCCAAUUGUAUAUGUAUUUUUACCAGUAUGUUUGGUUACUUAUCCUGAACAAUUAUCAGAUACAUGAAUGUACAACAUAGGAGUAAGAUUAAUGAUAUCCUAUUGGUUACAAAUUUAAUCCUCGAGUGAAAUACUAAAUAAUGAAUCAGUUACUUUAAAACCCGAUACACUUUUGUGCUGAACACUAAUUGGAACCUAGAUAUCCAGAGGAUAAAUUCAAUUAUGUGUCUAAAAUAAUGUCAGAAAUAAUUAUCUGUCUCUUAAAAAAUAAUUGUCUUUUGUCUAUUAAUGUGUUGACAUCACUUUGUCAUGAUCUUCCUUGUGUGUCUCCAAUUCUGCCGUGGUGAUUAGUUUUUAAUUUUGUUUGAGAGAAUAAUUAUUUUGUUUAACAAAACACAAAAAGGUAUAACACGCCAGUUCAUAACAUAUUUUCUACUACACCUUUGUUAAAAUAACUAUUUUUUAUUGUUUAGAAUAACUGUAUGUUCUCAGUUAAAGGGGGAAAAAUAUUUUUUGUACUUUUCCUUUAUAAGAGUGUGGCAAACCACACAGGGGUAAUUCACUAAACAGAAUUGUGAAAGGAAUUAGAUUUUUUUUAGGCCAAAAUUCACAAAAAAUAAAAUACGAUUUAGCUAUUUAAACUAAAAUGUGAGAUUCCAUACUCAUUUAAGAGUAUUUUAUCUAGUAAAUAAAAAAUAAUAAAAAAUAAAAUAAAAAGCUUUCCAAUUUUGCAAUUGUUAAUGUAUGUGCCCCAACAUGUAUUAAAAGAGAAAUAUAUCACAUACAGAUUUUAUACAUUUUGCAAGCCGGUUGACAACUCACUGUGACCUGCAAUUUAGUGAGAAAACCCAAAUGUUCAAAAAUACUCGCCACCUCACAAAUAUAUUUGUUUAUCUUAAAAAAGCAAAGAAAAAAUACAAAAAAACUGCAAAGGCUGAAUAUCAUGAAUUUCUGAAUUCUGCGCUAGUUUUCUGAUCCUUGUAUCAUGUCACCUAGUUAAAAAGUGUUUUUUUUCUGCUUCUAAAUAAAUUUUCCUCUCCUGUAUUUUGUAUAAUGCAUAACUACAGUUACUCACUACAGAUAAAUAGCAUAAUGUUAUGUAUUCCUAAUGAACGGUACACAUAGAAUUAUGCAAAAAUAUAGUUAUCGUUAGGUUUAGGGGUAAGGAAGACAUUGCGUAGAACAAGGGGAAAUAGGUGGGAAAUGUACUAUUGACGUGAAGGCUCAAAUCAGGGUUGGGGGCUAUUUGGCCUAUUCUCAACUCAUAUUCUAACUUUAAAUGUAUUACUAAAGUUAGUAAUAGACAGUGUUGUAAUUAUAACUCUAAGCCCAAAUUUCAUGAAUUCACAAAUGUAAACUCAAUCACUAAACCUAAUUUUAACCGUAACUUUGAGCCAGAAUAUCCUAACUCUUUCUGUAGAAGUGCACAUCCUAACCUUAACCCCUUAAGGACACAUGACAUGUGUGGCAUGUCAUGAUUCCCUUUUAUUCCAGAAGUUUGGUCCUUAAGGGGUUAAACAUCACUGUACUAUUACUUUUCUUGUAAAACUUCACCAAGCAGCCAUCUUUAGUCAGUGUGCCUGCAAGUUCCCAAAAGAUGGGAUAACAGAUCUCUUGGGGUAACCAAUGUAUCAUGAAUCCACAGAGCAGAAUGGGUUCUGUAGUGAACAGUGACUCAAUGGCUAGCUAUUUUCUUGCUUAGUAAAUUAAUAUUACUGUUUAGUUCAAUAUAACCUGCUAGCACAUGCUUCAGAGUUAAUUUAUCAAGUGAUGUUUUAGAUCAAGAUCCUAAUUCUAAACUCACAUUUAUUUGAAGCAGGAUUAUCUGUAUAACAUUAUUCCGUAUAAGAAAGAGGUGGAUG